GAGAGAGAGAGAGAGAGGGAGCGUGAGCACGCCGCUCCGGGUCUCAACUCAUUCUGCAUCCCAAACAGUUUUUUCUCCAUAGAAUCGGAUUUUAGUUUCAAGCCCAGACCGAUAGAGAGGAAGCAGUCGUCUCAUUCCGUUUUCCCCGAUGCCACUGAAGUCUCCUCUUCCCUGACCGCAGACCAGCCCUCUUCCUCCUCACACCUCAGCAACUGACUAGACGACGUGCCACCGUGGAUCCAGACAGAAAGAGGGGCAAGUCACACCAGAGUGUGUGACUGUGUGUGUGUUUGUGUGUGUGUGUGUGUGUGUGCCUGUGUGUGUGUGUGUGUGUACACAGACAUGGCGGGGGGAAGAGAGCGUGGAGCCCGACUCCAGAGGCCCUGGUCAGUGUACCGUGCCAGUACCUUCGAACUGUCCAAUGAGAUGAUCGGCCUGGCUCUUGCAGGAAACCAUCAGGACCCAGAUGAACCUGUGCUAGAGUUCAGUGUUGCCUGCACAGAGCUGGUGACCCCGGCAUUAGAUCGAAAACCAAACAGCUUUGUAGCAGCAAGUAUCACUACUCCACCUCAGGCCUUCUGGACCAAACACGCCCAGACUGAGGUCAUAGAGGGAACCAGUAACCCCAUCUUCCUCAGCAGUAUUGCCUUCUUCCAGGAGUCCAGCAUCAACCAGCAGACGCAGGUCAAACUGGCCGUCUACGAUGUGAAGGACCGCUCCCAAGGCACGAUGUAUAUGCUGGGCUCAGCGCUGUUUCCUGUUAAGGAGCUCUUGCAAAACAAGAAUCACAGGUUACACCUAGAACUGAGAUCGGCGGAGAACGAGGGCGUGGGGAACAUCAGCAUAGCGGCGUGGCAGAUGGAGGAGAAGCGAGACCAGAGAACGGCGGUGACGCGUCUUCCGGACACCAUCAACGGGCGGACGGUGUUGUCCGUUGAUGAGAGCCUGACUGAGUCCAUGGGAGUGAGGACGAAGUACGCCUCGCUGUGCAAAGACACGCUGCUACGCUCAGGGUGUCUCCCCGCCUGCCAUCCAAUGACUGCUGGGAUAGGCUCCUGCAUCCCCGUGACCCCGAUUGGGAUAAGCGUGUUCGGAGGCACCAUGUCCAGAAUGUACCGCUUCCCCACAAUGGAUGGCAAUCACCUGCGAGUCCUAGAACAGAUGGCUGAAAGCGUCCUGUCUCUAAACAUCCCCCGACAGUUUGUUAAACUGUUGCUGGAGGAGGAUGCUGCCAGGGUGUGUGAACUAGAGGAGCUGGGUGAGCUAUCGCCCUGCUGGGAGAAUUUACGGCGACAGAUAGUGUCCCAGUACCAGACCAUCAUACUCACCUACCAGGAAACGUUGUCUGACCUCACCAACUACAGAGGUCCUUCUUUUAAGGCCAGUAACCUGAAAGCUGACAGGAAGCUGGAGUUCAUGCCGACCAACCUGCACAUCCAGAGGAUGAGGGUGCAAGAUGAGCUCUGCUUCAAUCAUACGUAUGAUGUCAUAACUAUUGGCGCCCCGGCGGCUCAUUGCCAGGGUUUUAAAAACAGCGGCCUGAGGAAACUCAUUCAGAAGUUUGAAGAGGCCAAGAAACACAGCGCUCUGUCCAGCUCCCAGUCCAUUGUCUACGUGCCGCAGGACAUCGUCCGUGCCAAAGAGAUCAUCGCUCACAUCAACACACUGAAGACGCAGGUCAGCUACUACGGUGAGAGACUCUCCAGAGCCGCCAAGGAGCGGUCCGCCAAUGGGCUGGAGCGCACCCUGGCCAUUCUGGCUGAUAAGACUCGGCAGCUGGUGACAGUGUGUGACUGUAAGCUCCUGGCGUCGGCCAUUCAGGCUCUUAAUGCGGCGCGGCCGGAGUACAUCGCCUCUAAGGUGUCGCCCUCUGCUGAUGCAGAACAAGUAGUCCUCCGCAACGACCAGGACACGCUGCUCGCCAAGUGGAGCGGACGCAACAGUCGGAGUUCCCUGCAUGCCGACUGGCACGAAGAGGAGUGGGAGAAGGUUUGGUUGAAUGUGGACAAGUCUCUGGAGUGCAUCAUCCAACGUGUGGACAAGCUGCUGCAGAAGGAGCGACGUCCCAGCGACGGCAGUCUGGACAGUUCCCACUCCAGCCAGCAGGGCGGUGCCACCAAGAAAGGGAAUGGAAAAACACGAGCCUUUUGGAUCAACCCAGGAAUUACCCAGGAACCUUCAUCACCACUACCAUCAUCAUCAUCACCAUCACUUUCCCCACCUUCCUCAUCCUCCACGCCAGCCCUUUGCUCCGAACGCCCUCCCAGCCCCGACCAAGACACCUAUGGAAGCCCUGCCGCUGAGGAGGCGUACCCAGGCGAGUGGAGCGAGGCGCUGUACCCUCUCCUCACCACGCUGACGGACUGUGUGGCGAUGAUGAGCGACAAAGCGAAGAUGUCCAUGGUCUUCCUGUUGAUGCAGGACAGUGCCCCCACCAUCGCCAUGGACCUGUCGCUGCAGUACCGCCGAGACGUUGUCUUCUGCCAGACGCUCACUGCGCUGAUAUGUGGCUUCAUCAUCAAGCUGAGGAACUGUCUGCGUGACGAUGGAUUCCUCCGACAGCUCUACACCAUCGGCCUGCUGGCACAGUUCGAGUCCCUGCUCAGCACUUACGGGGAGGAACUUGGGAUGUUAGAGGACAUGAGUGUUGGCAUCAUGGACUUACGCAACGUCACAUUUAAGGUCACCCAGGCGGUUGGAAGCUCCGCGCCCGACAUGCUUCCAGUCAUCACAGGCAACCGCGAUGGCUUCAAUGUGCGCAUCCCGUUGCCAGGGACCAUGUUUGAUGUGUUGCCACGGGAGAUCCAGAAUGGCAUGCUGCUGAGGGUGCAGCCGGUGCUCUUCAACGUGGGCAUCAACGAACAGCAGACUCUGGCAGAGAAGUUUGGAGACACAUCCCUGCAGGAAGUCAUUAACUUGGAGAGUCUGGCCCGGCUCAACUCAUACUACCAGCAGUUCCAGGAGGUUCUGCCUGAAGACUGCCUCCCGAGGUCUCGUUCUCAGACAUGUCUUCCUGAGCUGCUGAGGUUUCUGGGACAAAACGUUCAUGCUAGGAAGAACAAGAACGUGGACAUCCUCUGGCAGGCUGCUGAGAUCUGCCGGCGGUUAAACGGUGUGCGUUUCACCAGCUGCAAGAGCGCCAAGGACCGCACGGCCAUGUCGGUCACGCUGGAGCAGUGUCUGAUCCUGCAGCAUGAACAUGGCAUGGCACCGCAGGUCUUCACACAGGCCCUCGACUGCAUGCGCAGUGAGGGCUGUAGACGGGAGAACACCAUGAAGAAUGUCGGCUGUCGGAAGUACGCCUUCAACUCGCUGCAGCUCAAAGCCUUCCCCAGAUACUACCGGCCGCCGGACGGAACCUUUGGGAAGGUUGAAACCUGAUUGGACAAUGUGACACACUGAACUGGAGCAGCUUAGUAUGAUUGGACAACAAGACCUCUGUUUUGGGAGGUUGAGGUUAGACGGGGUAGUUGUAGUCACCCUUUUCUGUGAAGCUGCAGUUUAAUGGGACAACUUGGACAAAGUCGACAUUUCAUAGCAUAUCUACUGUCCCUGUGAGGGCUGCAGUCGGGCCAGCAGGAUGUUCCACGUGUUGAUGGCAGGAUGGAUCAUCGUACCAAUAUUGUCCCCACCAAAAAUCACUAUCUUAACAUUCAGUACUGUAUUGGUUGUUUAUGUCAUAUUCUCUAUAUGCAUUAUUUCAGUAUGUUGAUGUUUUCCCAUGCAACAGACAUACAUCUACAGUCACUUUUACAUCGUAUUUCAGUGUAACAAUCUCCAUGAAGUGGAAAAAUGUCAACUCACAUGUUGUUGUGUGUUGAAUGUACAAUCAAGUUAUCCAGACAUCUGAAGUCUGACAUGUUUAUGCAAUGAUGUCUGCCUGCCCGAGAACUUCACAGAUAGGAAGAAAAUCCUAAAUAAGCUUGUAAAAAUAAUUAAAAUGGAAUGAAUUGCACAAAACAAACCAACUCCCCAAAGCAUUUCUUGAGGUUUAAAUCACAUGACACCGUCCCACCUGUAGGACUUCUGUAUGUUAGUCUCUUGCACCAACACUGUAGGAACAUAGUCUUUUAUUUGUAUAUUUGUAGGCCUUCUAUUUGUAUAGUUUAUUAAGCAACCGAUAUUUACAUUUAUUUUGUAAGAUAUCAAGAAGUGUCAGGAUGUUAGAUUCUUACUAUGAUUGCUCAUCUUCCUGGCUAAUGUGCAUUUUUAUUCAGAGUGCUAACCAAGUGUGACCUGAUUCCACUUUGACAAGCAGAUGGAAUAGAAAUGCAGAAUAGAAAACAGCAUUUAAGGAUUAUUACACAGCUUUAAGCAUCAGGGCAUCAGAGUUGGUUUGGUAGGUAAGACUCUUUGCUAGGAACUGAGCUCAUUUAAAAGGCGACCAUUAAUUCUGUGUUAAAAUGAGGCCAGUUGUGUUUUUGUCAUUCUAUCUGUACUGUCAUAUGGUCCCAGACUGUUUUAACUGUCUCCAAACUCAGUAUUUAUCUGCAUUUAUAUCACAUAUAUAUAUAUAUAUAUACCACAGGACGGUAUCUGUACAACUGCACACCACUGCACCGCCAUGUCAGAUGUAGAUGGGAAAACUGAGCAGAACACAUAAUAAAGUUGCUCUUGUUAAAUGGAUGUGGACACAGAUGGAAGCUGAGAGAGUACUUGUCCUUGUUUCCUUGUGUAAGCUUUAAACCAGCGUAUGUUACAGAUGAAGCUGUCACUAUGUCUGUUCAUAAUUGAGUUGUAUAUUACAUGACAAUACAUAUUUUGACAA